AUGGGUUCUCACCAAGUCAAGAGUCCCUCUAAACUCGCACAUGUUGUUUUCCGGACGAACAACUAUCAGAAGAUGAGAGAAUACUACAAGACGUUCCUCGGCGCCGAUGUCAGCUACGAAAAUGAUGUCCUUUGCUUCCUCCGCUACGAUGACGAGCAUCACCGCAUUGCCAUCAUCGGCCUUCCCAACACAAAGCCAAAGGUUCACGAUUCCAGUGGGUUACACCACACUGCCUUCACCUUUGAGACUCUGGACGACCUUAUGCAGUCAUAUCAACAGCGCAAGAGCCUCGGCAUUGAGCCGAGUUGGUGUGUCAAUCACGGCCCGACCACCUCCAUUUACUACACCGAUCCGGACGGGAAUCAGAUCGAGACCCAAGUUGACAAUUUCGACACAAACGAAGAAGCGAAUGCCUUUAUGGCCUCGUCGUAUUUCGCUGAGAAUCCCAUAGGAACGGACUUUGACCCUGAGGAAUUUAUCACCAGGCUGGCUGCGGGGGAAGAUGAUAAGAUCCUGAAGCGGCGAGUCGAAAUGGGGCCACGGUCGCCGCCAGGACACUAG